AAAGGAUGUUUUACACUAGUGGAGGGGCACGGUCCUAUCAUCUCCCUACCUCAAAUCACAGACUCAUGCGGCGAGAUUUAAAUAUCACAUGCUCCGUCAUUCCCGUACUCUGAUUCCAUUCAAUUCAAAUCCCGCCACCCAAACACUUCUCGCCAUCCCCUCUCUCUUGCGAGCAUGCACUCGCCUCGAGCAUCUCAAACAAGUCCAUGCCCAGAUCCUCCUUCAUGGGCUCCAACACAAACACCUUCCGCUCACAAAAAAUCUCACCCUCCAAUACAUCUCAUUCGACUGCAUCGAAUCCGCAAAUCUCUCCUUCAGAACAAUACAAUAUCCAUGCAAUUUCUUAUACAACAUGAUAAUAAGGGCUAAUGCUACAAAUGGCCUUUUCCACCGCUCCUUGAAACUAUACUUCGAAAUGAUGGAUCGGGGGCUGAGGCCCGACAAGUUCGCGUUCCCUUUCGCGCUCAAAUCUUGUGCCGGAUUGUCUGAUUUGCAGAUGGGCAAGAAGAUUCACCAGCAUUUGAUUUGUUGUGGGUGUAGCAAUGACAGGUUUGUGGAUGCCGCUUUGGUCGAUAUGUAUGCGAAAUGUGGGUGCGUUGAUAGUGCCCGGAUAGUGUUCGAUAGGAUGUCUGUGAGGGAUUUGGUUUCUUGGACUGCGAUGGUUUCUGGGUAUGUUCAUAAUGGUUGUGAUGGCGAGACUCUGGAGUUUUUUGAACUCAUGCGGUGGUCGAAUGUGAAGCCCAACCGGGUUGGUUUGUUGAGUGUUCUGUUGGCUUGUGGGCAUCUUGGGGCGUUGAGGAAGGGGGAGGGGUUCCACAGUUAUGCGAUUCGGACAGGUUUUGAGUCGGAUGUUUUGGUCUCGACUGCGGUUAUUGAUAUGUACUCGAAGUGUGGGAGCUUGGAUGUGGCGAGGUAUAUGUUUGAUCGGAUGAGUGGGAAGGAUGUUGUGUGUUGGAGCUCGAUGAUCGCUAGUUAUGGAACUCAUGGGCAUGGGAGGGAGGCAAUUGUUGUUUUUGAUCUGAUGAUAAAUGCGGGUGUGAGACCGAAUCAUGUCACUUUUACUUCUCUCCUCUCUGCUUGCAGCCACUCAAGGCUGUUAGAGGAAGGUCGGAGGUAUUUUGAAUCAAUGAGUGAGCAGUAUGGGCUUACACCAAAGCUUAAUCACUAUGCAUGUAUGGUUGAUCUUCUUGGUCGGGCUGGAAGACUAGCUGAAGCUGAAGAACUCAUAUUGACAAUGCCAGUGGAACCUGAUACUAGUAUAUGGGGAUCUCUGCUCAGCGCAUGUCGAAACUAUGGUAAUAUAGAUAUGGGUGAAAGGGUCGCAGAUCGAAUUUUCCAAUUAGACCCAACUCAUGCUGGGUAUUAUGUUCUACUCUCGAACAUGUAUGCAGCUAAAUCAAGAUGGAGUGAAGUUGAGAGAGUGAGAGAGUUGAUGGCGGAAAGAGGAGUGAAUAAGAUCCAAGGAUUCAGUUUGAUUGAGUUCAGUAACUGUGUCUAUAAGUUUGGAGCUGGGGACAGGUCACAUCCACAGUCAGAGGAUAUCUUUUCUUUGCUAGAUGAAUUGGCAGCACCGAUCAGACAUUUGGGUUAUGUCCCAUUGACCGAUUUCGCGCUUCAUGAUGUUGAAGAUGAAAUGAAGGAAGCUGCAUUAGCUUACCACAGCGAGAGGCUUGCUAUUGCAUUUGGGCUCAUCAACACAAUUCCCGGGACUCCCAUUCGUAUUACGAAGAACCUUCGUAUUUGUGGAGACUGUCACAAUGUGAUAAAAUUCAUUUCAAAGAUUGUGAGCCGAAUCAUCAUUGUGAGAGACAUGAAUCGUUUCCAUCAUUUUGAAGAUGGGGCAUGCUCUUGUGGUGAUUACUGGUAAUAACACUGAAAUAUAAUACGUUGCCUGAUUGUUUCAAAGCUCUUCAUGAAUCUUGAAGAAUGGGGUUGCUGAUUGAAAUAUAUGCAUACUUGAGUCUUAUGAAAGAUGAGCUAUGUUCCUGCCUUAGUAAACCCAAAAACUAGGAGGAGAAAAAAGUACAAGUUCAAACGACCUCCCAGUUUCCACUCCUAACAAAACGUGCAUGUCAGCAAGCUCUGGUCUGGCUUGGAAUGAUGACAUCCUCCCAUAAGAUAUUGAGAGGUUUGGUGGAAGCUCAAUGAUGCAAUGCCAUAUAAAUAGAAAUCAUAUUCUAAUGAAUACAAUCGAAACCAAGGUCUGAUUGAGCAUACAAUGGUAAUAAGAAUUGAUUGGGCCUAGAUUGUAAUGACAGGAAAGGGGAAAGAGACAGUUGAAAGUUGGUUUCAGCUUGAACAGACUUAUGGUGCUCCUUGGUUGACAGUUUGUGAAGAUAGUUUCUUAUUUUGAUAUGUGGCGCAAUGCUGAAUGAUUGAGAAAAAAAUGGGAGUCAAAAUAAGCAAUUAGAAAAGAAAGGACUCAUGUUUUGAUUGGGACUAACUGCUAACCUGCUUCUGGAGAAACGAUUAAAAGGAAAUCUGGGUUAUUUUAACAGUAUUCCUGUCUCACAGAUUGAUUUACAUGCAACAGAUACAAAGAAGAUUUUCUUUAGAAAGAAAUGAGACCAUUCUCUUUCAGGUUUACGUAUGGCUUCUCAAAACAUAAUGAUAUGUAAUACAGCCCUGUCUCUCGAUCUAGAAACUGCUGGAAGAGGACUGCUGGGAUUUUUAAAAGUUCAGGUACAGUUAGGAUUAUCCAAAA